CUAUUCAAUGCACCCACACAUCAAUGAUAUGAACCGAAUUACCGUUUUUCUUAAAAAUACAAAAACAAUCACAGGGUGGACGUGAUCAUAUGCAGUUUCGAUUGCAUUUAGGAUAAUAUCCUCAUUGAAUGCAGCAGAUAUUGUGUGCGUUGAGAUUGUCUUGUUACUUAAUUCUGUCGGACUGAUUGCAGUUCCAGAGAUCAAUCAACUUCUUCAAACGUACUGAAGAAUUCAAUUUUAUCUUGAACCCUGUACACAAAUCAGCAUAAAAUACGUGUCACUGUGUCAUUCAUCAUUUAAUAUUAUUUCUCGUUGAAUGUGUAUGUGCUGUCUAACGUAAAAUCCAUUCUUUCUCCAAUAGAAUGAAUUUAACCACCAUAAAUGCAACAAAGAUAGCACGACAAAUACAGUUAUGUCAAACAUACAUUUGCUGUGAAUCGAAUGCACGUAGAGCGUUUGUUCAGAAAGUAUCAUGCAAUUGGCUGACAAGUAACCCAUCCAGGAACACUUCGACUAUCGCAUUUUAUCAGAGUAAUUUCUUGCGCAAACGUAUUGCCGACCGGAGUGUUUUAGUUAUUGUGCCGAAACGAUCUUUUGUUAUUUCGAGUUCAGCUGCUGAUAAGUCACGGAAAAAGUCGCGAAUAUUGUCACAAUUUGCCAACGUUGUCAGGGAUUUUAUUGGAAAAACUUUUUCGACCGUAAAUAGUGCAGCAUUUUCGGACAAUAUGACCAAAAUUGCAUUUCAACGGUUACCAGCGACUGUUGUGCCGAAGCAUUACAAUCUGGAAUUGAAGCCCGAUUUAAUUGGAUUCACAUUCGCUGGAAAUGUUUCAAUUCAAAUUCAGAUUCUGUCUCCAGUUGAUCAGAUCGUCUUAAAUGCCAUGGAAUUAGCCAUCAACAAAUCCGAAAUAAUUCAAAAUGGUCAAUCAUACGCAACGGAAUCGGUUACUCUGAAUGCGGAACAAGAAACCGCCAUCCUAAAAUUCAAUCAACAAUUCAGCGGCGAUGCUACACUCAACAUCGAAUUCAACGGUGAAUUGAAUGAUAAAAUGAAGGGCUUUUAUCGCAGCAAAUAUUUCGCUCCAACCGGUGAAGUACGCUACGCUGGAGUUACACAAUUUGAGGCUACCGAUGCGAGACGUUGCUUCCCAUGCUGGGACGAACCUGCCACUAAGGCAACAUUUGAUAUAACCCUCAAAGUUCCUGCCGACCGUGUAGCUUUGUCAAACAUGCCCAUCGUAUCCGAUGUGAACGAGAACGGAUUGAGAACGGUUCGAUUCGACACAACCCCCAUCAUGUCAACGUAUCUGGUUGCUGUUGUAGUUGGUGAAUACGAUUACGUGGAAGAUAAAUCAACCGAUGGUGUGCUGGUGCGCGUCUAUACCCCGCUUGGUAAAAAGGACCAAGGUCUAUUCGCACUGGACGUUGCUACCAAGGUGCUGCCAUAUUAUAAGGAAUAUUUCAACAUCGCAUAUCCACUGCCGAAAAUGGAUUUGAUUGCCAUAGCGGAUUUCUCGGCUGGUGCUAUGGAAAAUUGGGGAAUUGUUACGUACAGAGAGACAAUGCUUCUAGUGGACCCUGAGAAUACAUCCGUCAUUCGAAAGCAAACAAUUGCUUUAACGGUUGGUCAUGAAAUCGCUCAUCAAUGGUUCGGCAAUCUGGUGACGAUGGAGUGGUGGACUCAUCUCUGGCUGAACGAGGGCUACGCGUCAUUCGUUGAAUUCUUGUGCGUCAAUCGAUUGUUCCCCGAAUACGACAUUUGGACGCAGUUCGUUACUGACAUGUACACUCAAGCGUUAGAAUUGGACGCUCUGAAGAACUCCCAUCCAAUUGAAGUGGAAGUCGGUCAUCCAUCAGAAAUUGACGAGAUUUUCGAUGAAAUCAGUUACAACAAAGGAGCUUGUGUCAUUCGCAUGCUGCAUCAUUAUAUUGGCGACGAGGAUUUCAGACGAGGCAUGAACAUCUACUUGACGCGACAUCAAUACAAAAACACGGUCACUGAAGAUUUGUGGGCUGCUUUAGAAGAGGCGAGUAGCAAGCCAGUUGGUGCUGUGAUGACUAGUUGGAUAAAACAAAUGGGAUUUCCUGUGGUUUCUGUUUCGUCUGUGCAAAAUGGUAACAAGCGAGUGUUGACAUUGACGCAAGAAAAGUUCACUGCUGACGGUACAGCUUCUGCCGAAAAUUAUUUCUGGAUGAUUCCCAUCACCAUAUCAACAGCAAAGAAUCCGUCAGAAAUUAAACUUACGACAAUGCUCGACAAAAAGUCAAUGGAAAUUGUAUUGGACGACGUCGCCGAAGCGGAAUGGGUGAAAAUAAAUCCGGGCACUGUUGGAUAUUUCCGAACGCGCUAUAGUCCCGAAAUGCUCGACCAACUAAUACCGGCCGUUCGAAACCAAACACUUCCACCGCUGGAUCGUCUGGGUCUGUUAGACGACCUAUUCGCGUUGGUGCAAGCUGGCCGUGCAUCAACCGCUGAAUUUCUAAAGCUGAUUGAAUCGUAUCGCUCCGAAACUAACUACACUGUGUGGUCAUCGAUAACGCAAUCGUUGUUUAAACUUCAGAUUCUUCUGUCGCACACCGAUUUGUCAGAGCAUUUCAAUCGGUUCAGCAUAAAUUUGUACAAACCGGUUGCCGACGCUCUUACCUGGGAUGCCAAGGCGGGCGAGAGCCAUCUGAAUACGUUACUGAGAAGUUUAGUAUUGAAUCGACUGGUAUCGUGCAGUUGCUCAGAUGUGUUGAAGGAAUCCCGAAAUCGUUUCGAUUUACACGUUUCGGGUAAAGCCAUAUUGCCAGCCGACAUUCGGAAUGCAUGUUACAAAGCUGUGCUACAAGUGGCAGACGAAAAGACUUUUGAAGAUAUGUUGCAAUUGUACCGAGCCACCGAUUUACACGAGGAACGCGACCGAAUUUCCAGAUCACUCGGAGCCAUUGGUGACAAAAGCAUUUUGAAGAAAGUAAUCGAAUUUGCGAUGUCGGAAGAAGUGCGCUCCCAGGACUCAGUUUUUGUGAUUGCUUCAGUGUCCAUGAAUCCGAAGGGACGCGAUUUGACUUGGGAAUUUUUCAAAUCGAACUGGAAAAUUCUGUUGGAACGUUAUCAGGGCGGUUUCCUCUUGGCUCGACUGAUCAAAUAUCUAACCGAAAAUUUUGCCACUGAAGCGAAGGCAAUCGAAAUCGAAAACUUCUUCAAAGAGAAUGAGCUUCCGGGAACUGAACGAACCGUAUCGCAAUCGGUUGAGUCGAUACGAUUGAAUGCUGCCUGGCUGGCAAGGGACUUGGAUACGAUUACCAGUUUUUUGAACGCAAUUGGAAAUAAUUAAUUUGCUUCGAAUAUCUUCCGUCAUAUAAAACAUAGUGUUGAUUGUAUGUUUGAGUUUUGAUAGCACAUUAUAGACUAGACAGAAUAACGUUUU